AUGGGUACAGUUGGUGUCCCCCCGAAAGUCAGUCCGCCCAGCGGUGAUUGGACAGGUGUCCCCCCGAAAGUCAGUCCGCCCAGCGGUGAUUGGACAUUUGGACAAGUCAUGUCAGUUGUUUUGCUAGCCGCGCCGCUUCUGUCAAUUAUUGAGUAUUUUACUUCAGGCAAUUUCUCGUGA